UUAGUUUUCUUUGAGAGAUCGAUCUUGGAUUCCUUUUAGUUAUUAUUAAUUUGUUCACUGUGGAAUGUGUGGGUAGAGUUGCAAGUUUGGGUUAGUUGCUCGGUGCUAGAAUUUGGGAUUUAGGGUUAUUAGUUCUUGAUCAAGGAAAUUGCGAUUUGGGUUUUGUGCAAAAUUUUGAGUGGAUCAACUUUGUUGCAGCUGUUUUAGUCAUUGAAUUUGAGUGUUGUAAGCUGAAGAAAGGAUAUAGUUUGAAUUUGAGUAUCAAUUUAAAAUCUACUAACAAGGUUGCAGCAAUUUGGUUUGCUGGAUUGGAUUAGUUUGUUUCUACUUACUGGGUUAAUUUUUUGUUUUGAAGUUGAAGUUUCAUCAUUAAUCUCUUGUGAUUCUCUGUGUCAGGGGUUGGGAAUGGAUGUUUGAGUUGGAAAGAAAUGAGUAUAUCACAAUGAGAGGGAAGGGGGGGUUGUUGAGUCGAUGGACGAGUCUGAUAGGACAUUUUCUGAUCUGGUAGGCUUACUUAAAUCUUGGAUGCCAUGGCGGUCAGAGCCUGCACAUGUGUCGAGGGAUUUCUGGAUGCCCGACCAGAGCUGCAGGGUGUGCUACGAGUGUGAUUCACAGUUCACCUUGUUUAACCGUAGGCAUCAUUGUCGUCUCUGUGGUCGGAUUUUCUGUGCCAAGUGUACUUCGAAUUGGCUUCCUAUUGGACAUAGUGAGCCAAAGAUUUCACUAGAAGAGUGGGAUAAGAUUAGGGUAUGCAAUUACUGUUUCAAGCAAAGGGAGAAAGAGCAAUGGGGAAAACAGUUGAUUGUGGCAGUUGAUGAUGGGCUCCAGGUGGACCUACAGGACGCCAGCUGUACUUCUCCGUCAGCAACCAGUUUCCUUAGCACUAGAUCUAGUGGCACCUGUGGUAGCAGUAGCACUACUUUUGUGUCAGUACCACAGUCGGCUGCACCCAGCCCAAUGCAAUCACCGUCGACAGAAGCAGAUUUAGAUAGGCAAAAUGUUGGAGCAGCAAAGAUCAAUGAUGUUGCUGUGGUCACAGAGGAGCAAAACCUGUCUGAAGACCAAUUUGGUUAUUUCCAAAACAGGAGUGAUGACGAUGAUGAUGAAUAUGGAAUGUCUCAGUUAGGUCCCAUAGCUAGUGACUUUUCCCAGGUCAAUGGCUACUAUGGCCCCGUUAAAUUUGAGGAUAUUAACAGUGAUUAUAACUCACGUAAAGUUCAUCCUGAUGGAGAUGCUGUUGAUUCAAAAAGUACGGCCAGCUCCCCAUUGCGAUAUAGUGUUAAUUCUCAACAUUCUGAAGAAUCACAGCAGAUUGCCGAGAAAGAUGCUGAACAAGACAUUGGUGAUGAAUGUGAGGCACCUUCUUCUUUAUAUGUAGCAGAAGACGUCAAUACCGAGCCUGUUGAUUUUGAAAACAAUGGAGUUCUGUGGCUCCCUCCCGAGCCUGAAGACGAAGAAGAUGAAAGGGAAGCACUUCUAUUCGAGGACGACGGUGAUGGGGAUGCUGCUGGAGAAUGGGGAUAUCUCAACAAUUCAAGCAGCUCUGGGAGCGGGGAGUUUCGUAGUCGGGAGAAAUCAAACGAGGAGCACAAGAGAGCCAUGAAGAGUGUGGUCGAAGGUCAUUUUCGGGCUUUAGUAGCUCAACUCUUGCAGGUAGAGAAUCUUCUUUCAGAGGAUGAAAAUGACAAAGAGAGUUGGUUGGAAAUAAUUAUUGCCUUGUCAUGGGAGGCUGCCACAUUGUUAAAACCAGAUAUGAGCCAAGGGGGACAAAUGGACCCCGGGGGGUAUGUCAAAGUAAAAUGUUUAGCUUCAGGGCUUCGAAGUGAGAGUUUGGUGGUCAGAGGAGUUGUGUGCAAGAAAAAUGUGGCUCAUCGACGGAUGACAUCGAGAGUAGAGAAGCCUCGCUUACUGAUCCUCGGAGGGGCUCUUGAGUACCAGCGGGUUUCUAAUGCACUAUCAAGCUUUGACACACUGUUGCAACAAGAAAUGGAUCAUCUGAAGAUGGCCGUUGCGAAGAUAAGUGUGCACACUCCUAAUAUUCUUCUGGUUGAGAAAUCCGUUUCACGCUACGCACAGGAGUACCUUCUCGCUAAAGAAAUAUCACUUGUUCUGAAUAUUAAAAGGCCACUUCUGGAGCGUAUAGCCCGUUGCACUGGUGCCCAAAUUGUUCCUUCAAUUGAUCACCUAUCAUCAGAGAAGGUGGGAUAUUGUGACAUGUUCAAUGUUAUGAGGUUUACAGAAGAGCAUGGUAGUGCCGGUCAGGCUGGAAAGAAGCUGGUGAAGACCCUGAUGUAUUUCGAAGGUUGUCCGAAGCCACAAGGAUGCACUAUAAUACUUCGAGGCGCCAGUGGGGAUGAAUUGAAGAAAGUGAAGCAUGUUGUACAGUAUGGAGUAUUUGCGGCUUACCACUUGGCUUUGGAGACGUCUUUUCUUGCUGACGAAGGUGCCUCUUUGCCGGCACUUCAGUUGAACUCUCCUAUCACGGUGGCACUACCAGAUAAGCAAUCGACAAUUGACAGAUCCAUCUCAACUGUACCUGGUUUUUCAGUUCCGUCUAGUGAUAAAACUCCCGGGCCUCAAUCUGUUGGUGAUCCACAGAGGUCGAAUACUUUACCCCCAUCAGAUCUAAUCAGGGAAACGAUUGCAUCGAUCCAUGAGUAUGCUCCUUUGAGCUCUCAGUAUGGCGAGCCUCUUAUAUCAUCUUCUGUAAAGGGUUUUCAGCGUUCUUCCUCGAAUCCAUUUUCUGCUGAACAUGGAUCGGAAGAUCAAGCUAUUCUAGAUUUGGGCCUGUCCUCGGAGGCAAAACCUAGUGAAUUAGAUGGACUUGCUGUCUCAGUAGAUAUCCACUCUAGUUUUUUUGGAGAUUCAAAUGUCAAAAUUAUGGAAAGUGAUGGAAGUAACAUAGAUACUAAGAGCAAUGCAUCGAAUCUGACGUCUUUGCAAACGGAUAGUCUGAAACUUCCUGAUGAACAGCCUGCUUUGAAAGAAGAAUUUCCACCUUCUCCUUCAGACCAUCAAAGCAUCUUAGUCUCGUUGUCGUCUAGAUGUGUAUGGAAGGGUACUGUCUGUGAAAGAUCACAUUUGUUUCGGAUCAAAUAUUACGGUAGCUUUGAUAAGCCUUUGGGUCGUUUUUUGCGGGAUCAUUUAUUCGACCAGAGUUUCGUAUGCCGCUCAUGUGAGAUGCCCGCCGAGGCUCAUGUUCAGUGCUACACUCAUCGACAAGGCACUCUGACAAUUUCAGUAAAGAAACUACCUGAAAUUAUUUUACCUGGUGAACGGGACGGGAAGAUUUGGAUGUGGCACCGUUGCUUGAGAUGUCCCAGGGCUAAUGGAUAUCCGCCUGCAACUAGACGGGUUUUGAUGUCGGAUGCUGCAUGGGGGUUGUCCUUUGGAAAGUUUUUGGAGCUAAGCUUUUCGAACCAUGCAGCUGCGAGUAGAGUGGCGAGCUGUGGCCAUUCUUUGCAUAGAGACUGUCUUCGGUUUUAUGGGUUUGGACAAAUGGUUGCUUGCUUUCGUUAUGCAUCAAUCGAUGUUCAUUCAGUGUACCUACCUCCCUCAAAACUUGAUUUCAACUACAAAAAUCAGGAGUGGAUAGAAAAAGAAAUGAAUGAGGUGGUUGGGCGAGCCGAGCUAUUGUUCUCUGAAGUGCUCAACGCUCUUCGUCAUCUCGCAGAAAGAAAAUGUGGUGUAGGUGCGACUAACGGUGGCACAAACGUGAACGAAUCAAGACACCUGAUAACAGAUCUUGAAGGGCUCUUGCAGAAGGAAAAGUCUAUAUUUGAGGAAAUGCUCCAGAAAUUAUUGAAGAAGGAGGUGAGAAUAGGGCAACCUCUCAUCGAUAUUCUCGAGCUCAAUCAGCUGCGCAGAGAGCUGGUCUUCCAGUCUUACGUAUGGGACCGGCGCCUGAUAUACGCAGCUAGUCUAGAUUCCAAUAACAAACCAAAUAAAGCGGCAGUUUCCACUUCGGAGGCUGUUCAGAAACCUCUUGGUGAAACUGAGAGAGUUCUCGAUGUAAAUGUCCCAGCUGCGACCGUUAAGACUCUAAGCAGUUCUGAAUCCAUUGUCACGGACACAAAGCUCAAAGAAAAUCCUGAUCAUGGCUCGGGCAGUCUGCUCAACAAUCACCUUGAGGUGGUGGUUCCUCAAAUAACUGAUUUAUCUUCGAUUUUGGAUCAUGGACAGAAUCCGCUCGAACUCUCUCGGUCCGCUGAUGAACCGGAUUCUCUUGUUCCCAAUGUUAAUGUACAUAGUGCUUUCUUAGAUGGUCAAAGUCCUAUAUCUCUGUCGGAUACUCUCGAUGCCGCCUGGACCGGUGAGAGUCAUCCGGGUAUGGGGGUCCCAAAGAAGUGCAGUGUGUCGGAUUUAGCUGAAUUAGAUACUUCAUCUGCUGUCAGAGUAUUCGACAAGUCGGAUAUGGAAGAAGACAGAGAGGACUCACCUUCCGGCUCGUCUACCAAAAGUUCUGGUGAUGCAGACGAAACUGAGAACUGGUUGAGCACGCCGUUUUCCAUCUACUACCGAUCACCAAGCAAGAAUUGCUCGGGACCAGACCUGAAGCUGGAUGUGUUGGGUGGAUAUAAUCCAGUUUACAUCUCCUUGUUUCAGGACCCCGAACUCCAAGGUGGGGCUCGGUUGCUUCUCCCCAUGGGGGUUAACGAGACUGUCAUUCCGGUGUACGAUGAUGAGCCAACGAGUCUUAUAUCCUAUGCCCUUGUCUCUCAUGAUUACUUCAGCCAAAUCUCCGAUGAGCCCGACAGACCUAAGGACAUUGCCGAACCGAUGAUUUCCAUGCACUCCCUUGAUGUUGGGGCCUUUCCGUCGUUAUCGUCUUUGGACGAGGUGGUGUUGGAAUCUUACAAGAGCGUUGGAGCCGGAGAUGAGGGCAUUCUGACGACCUUCCGCAGCUCCUUGAAUUCGGACCCUGUCUCGUACACAAAAGCUCUGCACGCUAGAGUGUCGUUUACGGAUGAUGGACCCCUCGGGAAGGUCAAGUACACGGUCACCUGUUACUAUGCAAAACGUUUCGAUGCGUUGAGGAGGAUAAGUUGCCCGUCGGAGGUGGAUUUCGUCAGAUCCCUUAGCCGUUGCAAGAAGUGGGGAGCCCAAGGCGGCAAGAGCAACGUCUUCUUCGCGAAAACUUUGGAUGAUCGGUUCAUCAUCAAGCAGGUGACAAAGACUGAGCUUGAGUCGUUCAUCAAGUUCGCCCCGGGCUAUUUCAAGUACCUGUCUGAAUCGAUCGGGACAGGCAGCCCGACCUGCCUGGCAAAGAUCCUUGGUAUCUAUCAGGUAUCUUCGAAACAUCUUAAAGGAGGGAAAGAAAUGAAAAUGGACGUGCUGGUGAUGGAGAAUCUGCUGUUUGGAAGGAAUAUAACGCGACUCUACGAUCUCAAAGGUUCAUCCAGGUCGCGAUACAAUCCUGAUUCUUCCGGUAGUAAUAAGGUGUUGUUAGACCAGAACUUGAUCGAAGCAAUGCCCACGUCUCCCAUAUUUGUUGGAAACAAAGCGAAGCGAGUCCUCGAACGAGCAGUGUGGAACGACACUGCUUUUCUUGCUUCCAUAGACGUAAUGGACUACUCGCUACUAGUCGGGGUCGAUGAGGAGAAGCACGAGCUCGUCCUUGGGAUCAUCGACUUUAUGAGACAGUACACGUGGGACAAGCAUCUCGAGACAUGGGUAAAAGCAUCGGGCAUCCUAGGCGGGCCCAAGAACGCCUCGCCUACCGUGAUCUCUCCGAAGCAGUACAAGAGAAGGUUCAGGAAGGCCAUGACGACGUAUUUCUUGAUGGUCCCAGAUCAGUGGUCGCCUCCUACAAUAAUCCGUAGCCAGUCGCAGUCGGAGAUGGCUGAAGAGAACUCUGCACAUAAUAGUAUGCCCUCUGCCGAGUGAAAAGCCUCAUUUGCUUGUAUAUUUUGAAGCGCAAAUUCAUUCUUUUUUUUUUCUUUUUUUUUUUGUAUAUCUAAUUUUUCUGAUUUUCUAUAUUCUUUUGUAAGCAUGGCCUUUUGAAUCUUAUUUAGAGGUAGAAUUCAUUAUUAUUUUUUCGGGAAAAUAUAUUCAAUUCCCCUUGUACACAUUCAUUUUGUGUUGCUCUGUUUUGUCCCAUUAAUUGGAAGAAUUUGAAGUUGUAAAUCGGUUGGAAUAUAUCGAUGGCAGUUUUGUAUA